ACGUCUACCCCAUCUCAAAUCCGUUACCUUACACGACCUAGUGCCUAGCCACCCAGUAAGCCACAACCGCGUCCUUUGUUCUUGUUGACAUCACCUCAUCGCCCGUCCUCUCAUCCCUACUAGGUUUCGACAUGAACUUCAAAGCUAUUCUUGCAUGGGCACGCUCUGUCGAGACGACUGAGCAGAGUCCACCUCUCUAUCAUCCCCGCCCACAGCAGACGCGGGCCAACUUUGCCGACAUCUUGGACGGCGAUUGGGAGGUCUCCAGCUAUGGAGCGAUUCAUCAUACAACAAAGAGGAACGAGUACAUAUUUAGUCAGACGGCCGCGGAACUCUGCGAUGCGUUGGUAAACGGCUCUGUGUUCCCAUCCAAGGUGUCAUCGCCCCCAGCCAAGCAUCCAAAGGCCUGGACAGAGCCGAAGGAGCUGCUGAGUGUCGAGGACUUGAUGUGUUGCUUGCGCGGCGAGGUCAAGCUUGAUACCCAAAAGCCUACAAAGGAGAUCCCGUAUGAAGUGUUUGCCGAUACCGAAACCGCCAAUUGGAAGCGCCUCUGCGGUGACAACUAUGAGGAGCGGAAGAAGAUGGCCUUCCGCGAUCCGAACUGCGUGUAUGAGUGGCCGCCGAUCACCCCGGGCAUGAAGGCGGCCAUGGAUCCUACUGUCCUGAACACUGACCUCGCUAAUUCCUUCAUCGGUGACUCACUGCUGUCCAUGCUGGAUGCAGAUGGCAAUUGGGAUAAUGCUGAAGGUGAACACGAGGGAGGUGAAGUGCAGAACGGUGCGCAGACUGUAAGCACAUAUGACUGCUGUCUUGUAAGCCCUACUCAUGAGGAUGCGCGGGCGCAGGCCGAGGACAUAUGCACCGACACCGUCGUCGGCGUGGCGCAAAAGGGUGCCGCUCUUCUGCCAAGGGAAGAUGCGGCCACUGGCUGGCCGAACGCUUCCUCGUUCCCCCUCCCUGGUUCGUGCAUGGGCUCUGGGUGGUACGACGCCGCCGGGUACGGUUCCUCGGUAUGGGCUCGCACCACAUCCGAGCUGCCGAGUGCGAACCUUUCAGUGUCGGCGACCUCCUCGACCAGCUCUCCAACCCUCGGCAGUUCUUCGCUGACGAUGUCCUCGUCCCCGACGAUCUCGUCAAUCGCCACUCCGCCUUCUACCAUUGACAUCGCGUUCCAGAUGCAUGAUGGGGAGAUUGACAAGGAGCGUCGGCUCAAGUGGCGCGCGGAGGCCGCGGAGGAGCUGACGAGCAUAUUCAAUGAGCCGUCUCCGUACGGGCAGGCGAUUCCAGCAUUCGGCCGGUUUUCGUCGAGCAAGGCAGGUAAAGGGCGCUGGUCCCAGAUGCGUCACGUUGAGUACUAGCUGGUCGUUUGAGAAUGUAACCCUUGAUGAAAGAGAGCGACCAACGAAAGAUACUAGAAGAUGUGGGGAAGGAUUCCUUAGGAUGGGCACUUCGUAUCGUGACAGCUAUGCGGCUCGUGGAUAUGAAUUGUAAUUAUAGCUUUGUGUCUUGUAACCGUCAGUCCAAGUCGGCUAGUCUAGUGCUGGCCGUGUCUCUUUGCAUAAUAUAUUGCUGGUCCUGCGUAUAGCGUUUUGGCAGGUUGCCUUUAAAAAGCCGCCACCACAAAGUUUGAAAGGCACCAAAAUUGGUGAGCCUUGGCCAGAGCAACACCAACCUCAUGGUCCGUUAUCUGAGC